AUGGCCGCCUCACAAGAAUUUACUAAAGAACAGCUAAACUAUUACAGAAUUUGUUAUGUAACCACGGAUAUUUUAACGGAAGGUCUACGGUCUCUACUCAAACAAGAAUGUGACAAUCGCUACAAAGCUACACUUGGGGAGUGGAAAGAUGACCCUAAAAGUGGGAUGGAUUUUUAUAACGGUGAGUCCCCGCGGAACCAAAGACAAAACGCACAUCUAUUGGUGACCAUACGCGAUGGGGAUAGAGCUAAAUGGGACUGCACCAUGCUGUUUUACGCUAUUCUUUAUUCUGAUUGUAUCGGGAGCAGUCUCAGCCCAACAGUCAAGACAAAUUUAGACGAUCUAAGAAAAUUCAGGAACGAAGAAUUCGCUCACAUGCCCGGUGGCUCCUUGGUAGAUGCAGACUUUCAGAAUACCAUAAGUAAAGUUCAUGGAGCAUUUCAAGCUCUUGGCCUUUGUACUUCUCGUGUUGAUGACGUCAAGAAUCAGACGUAUUUUCCCACGGAGGAGUUGAGUCUCGUUUUGAAAGAGGUUGAUGAUCUUCAACAGGAGCUUCGACAAGAAAAACAACAACGAAAACAGGGGCACCCAACGAGAAUAUAGUUCAAAACCACAUAAACAUAGCAUUGUUGAACGUACUUUAGUAUUUAAACAGUAGAUAAAGGCUUAUUUUUAUCCCCUAAAAAUUUUUCAUCUGUUCGGAUUUCCUAGCUGAAAGUAUAGUGAUCCGAAAAUUAUAGGGAUCAAAAUCUACCUUUCCAAAAAUUUCAGCCAGAAAAAAGGCUCCCGAAAAUUCUAGGUGACCUUUUUAGGGUCAAAAUCCGUUAAAAAUGGGCAAUUAUACCAUUUUUUUGAUGUCCGAAAAUCCUAGGAGAAGCAGUCAAGCAAGAAAUUUUACAGAAAAUGAUCCGAAAAUUCUUCCGAACAGAUAAUUUUCCGAAAAUUGUCGUUGGGUGCCCCUGCGAAACGUCCUUGAAGAUCAGCUGGAAAAAGAAAUUUUCCCCUUUUGCAAUCUUCCUCCUAAGCCUUCACAUGUUGUCACAGGACUCAAUCGCGAGGUAAUCGAGAUAACAAAACAGCUAAAAGAGUUAAAAGAGGCCAAUAAAAAUGAGCUCAGUUACUUGUACAUCUCUGGGAAUCCCGGGAGUUGA